AUAAAACUAACUGCUUAACAUGAUUGUUUCAGCAUUUUUCGUAUUGCUUGCCAUCCUGGGGGCAGGCGCGUACACCGAUCCAAAAUGUGCCUACCUAAACUGCAUGCGAGAGUACCGUCCCGGGGGUGCGUACUGUGCCCUCGGAGAUCCGUACGCGCUGUGUCAGUGCCACAGCGGUUACAACUUGGCCACUCUGCUGCGGUGUCCUUACGGGCAAGCCUUCAACGAGUACCUGAACCGGUGUGCGGAAAACACCGAGCGAGUUCGAAACUCUUGCUUUUAUUUUUUCCAGAGGCGUGGAAUGGGCUCCAAUCAGCAGCAGUUUGGGGGUGGAAUGGUGCCCAACCAGCAGUAUGGACGUGGGGUGGUUCCGAACCAGCAGUAUGGACGUGGGGUGGUUCCGAACCAGCAGCAGUAUGGUUAUGGGUAUGGGAAGUGAAGUUGCAGUGCAUUCAAGUUUAUUUGAGGAUGGAAAGGUUGCUUACUUAAGUUUAUUUGAUGUCUUUUUGUUUGAAUAGAAAUAAAUCCUAAAUGUUUUAAUAUUCAAA